CUUCCUGCACAUUGUGAUGUGCAGCAAUGUCCGAAGGCUCAGCUGCUGCAGGGGUUUCCCCUGUAAAAGCUGUCAUAGUGCCCGGCAAUGGGGGAGGGAACGUGGAGUCUUGUAUCUGGUAUGGUUGGACUAAAAAGAGACUUGACAAGAUUCCAAAUUUCAAGUGUCUGCUCCGUAACAUGCCCGAUCCAGUUACCGCAAGAGAAUCAAUAUGGCUGCCAUUCAUGGAAUCAGAGCUGCAGUGUGACAGCAAGACUAUAGUCAUUGGGCACAGUUCUGGAGCAGCUGCAGCCAUGAGGUUUUCCGAAACGCAUCAAGUGUUUGCCAUAAUUCUUGUGUCAGCAUACACCUCUGACUUGGGAGAUGAAAAUGAGAGAGAAAGCGGUUAUUUCAGUCGUCCUUGGCAAUGGGAAAAGAUAAAAUCCAACUGUCGUCACAUCAUUCAGUUUGGUUCCACAGAUGAUCCGUUCCUUCCAUGGAGUGAGCAGCAGGCGGUUGCUGAUAAUUUGAACGCGGAGUUGCAUAAGUACACAGACCGUGGACACUUCCAGAAUACGGAGUUUAAUGACCUUCUGGAGGCCGUGAAGAAACUUAUUCCCACUCCUGUAUAAACACAAUUUUGUACGAAGCAUCUGGUUACCGCCUAUAGUGUAAGGAUACAUGCACACGGCCAUGUAGUUUAUGCAGAUUUUGCUGUAUUUCAGUCCCCAAAUCCACAUGUUCCUUCAUGAUUUUAUCACAGUUGAGCCCCAGAUCUUACCCUAUGCAUAGCAAAGUGUGAAUUCUGUAGUCCACACUACAGGUCCAUUUUCACAGUAAUCCCCCACAGUGUACAUGAGACUUGGAAAAGGUGUGAUUUUAAAAUGGCAGCCAGCAAGUUGUCCUAGAAUGUGAGCAGGAACGAUUUCCUCCACUUGCAGACCCGCCUACGGUUGUGGGGCCUCACUACACUGCUUUACAGAGAGUAAUGAUACCAUCAUGGCUGAGCAGCCCGACAGAAACGCUCACCAAUCUGUAGUAUAUGCAAGUGCCCUGCGCCCUCACCUUCCCUAGGCAGCUCUGCAAGUGUAGGCAAUCAGUCCUCGCAUUCUACGACAGGUUGCUGGUGGUCAUUUUAAAUCAUUCCCAGAGAACACCCCCCCACCAUUGCUGGUACCGUAUUAGGGUCCGUUCACACGUCCGUAGUGUAUUGCGGAUCUGCAGUACACCCCGCCAGCACCCUCAUAGAACUGCCUAUUCUUGUCCGCAAUUUUUUUCCGGAGGCGUGGACGGGAAGUGCUCCGGAAAUGCGGAUGCGGACAGCACGCUGUGUCCUGUCCACUUCCACUCCAUAGAUAAUGAAUGGGUCCGCACCCGUUCCGGAUAAUUGCGGAACGGGUGCAGACACAUUUUACGGACGUGUGAAUGGACCCUUAGGCUGCAGCUUUUUCACAGUAAAAUCCUUGCAUAAUCCACACAGUGUGCAUGAGGCCUAAAAUGUCUUGAGUGAGAGCUUUUUCUCUAGAUAUCUACCCUAUUUGUUGUAUUCUCAUCUGUUAUGUAACCUAAAAGAAUUAAAAAAAUUCAUAAAGUGA